AUGGAAGAGGGAAAUCACUCGGUGGUGACUGAGUUCAUUCUCUCAGGCCUGACAGAUCGUCCGGAAUUGCAGGCCCCUCUCUUUGGAGUUUUCCUAUUGAUUUAUGUUAUCACUGUGGUGGGAAAUGGGGGGAUGGCCUUGUUAAUCACGAUUGAUCCCCGACUCCACACCCCCAUGUACUUUUUCCUCCGGAGUUUGUCUUUCUGUGAUCUCUGCAGUUCCACAGUGAUUGCCCCCAAAAUGCUGCAGAAUUUCUUAAUUGAGAGGAAAAGCAUUUCUCGCACUGCCUGUGCUGUGCAAAUGUAUUUCUUCCUUUAUUGUGUUGAUGUUGAGUGUCUCUUGCUGGCUGUGAUGGCGUACGACCGUUACGUGGCCAUCUGUAACCCGCUGCUCUAUACGGUCACUAUGUCCAGGCAGCGUUGUAACCAGCUGGUGGCUGGGGUGUGCGCUGUGGGGUUGGUGGAUUCUGUGAUACUGACGUGUUUUACAUUCCGGCUGUCAUUCUGUCACUCCAACAUCAUCAGGCAUUUCUACUGUGACACCCCCCCACUGCUGGUUCUCUCCUGCUCUGACACCCGCGUCAGUGAGAUUCUGAUGUUUGCCUCCACGUGUUACAUCAUAGUGAGCAGCGCUGUGACCGUCCUCCUAUCCUACGUCUGUAUCUUCUCCUCCAUCCUGCGCAUCCGCUCUGCCGAGGGCCGGUACAAAGCCUUCUCCACCUGCGCUUCCCACUUGUGUGCCGUGGGCAUGUUUCAUGGCACCCAGCUCUACAUCUAUUUCCGACCCACCUCCAGCUAUUCCAUGGACAUGGAUAAAAUAGCCUCCGUGUUUUACACGGCAGUGAUCCCCGUGUUGAACCCCCUCAUCUACAGCCUGAGGAACAGGGAGGUGAAGGACGCGCUGAGGAAAGCAAAGAAUAAAUUGAUAACCAAGUCUUGA